UAGGAACCCUACCAUCGUAAAACCAUUAUCUUGGAAGUGAGGAGCUUGACGAUCAUCUUUUGUUGGCCCUUUGACUUGGAGGAAAACAUUUUUCAAGGUCAUAAGGAAGCAUUUUGGUGGUUAUUUUCAAGCUAUUUUGCAAGUUUCCUUGGUCUUUAUCAUGAAUUCUCCAAAGACGAAAGCCAAGAACAAAUUAGCUAAGUCGAGUAAGAUGCCUUCAUCGAGCUGUCCUGAGAAAAAACAGAAAUCCUUAUCCAAGCCAAUGAAGCCUUCACCAAGUUCAAUUGAGAAAAAGAAGAAAAAGAUUCAGACAAAUUCGUCUAAUCAUCACAAAUACUUACCUUCGUGGGCUACAAAGUGGCUCAUGCGACCUAAAGAGCGAGAAGAUGGAAGGAUCGAUAGGUUCUAUAUUCAUAAGGAGAAUGGAAUGACAUGUCGUUCUCUAAAAGAAGUUGAGAGAUAUGAGUUUCAUGGAAUUUUACCUCCGCGUAGUAGUAAAACAAAUGGCAGAGGAAAAACAAAAGAAAACAUGUGUGACAAUGAAGAAGCAAGCACAAGUGAUUGCAGCACAGAUUCAUCGCCAAUAGGCAGCGUUGAGGAAGAUUGAUUCAGUUAUGUGAUUUUCAAUAUUUUUUCAAUGCUCAAAUACUUUUAUUAUAUAACAUCUAGAUUACAUAUGGAUUUUUAUAUAAUUCUGACUUAAUAUUUGUACUUUAU